CUUAGACUUCCGGAUUUUAUAAGAAACAUUGCGGGAAGUAUGAAGGCGAAUAGCUGUUAACCAUAACUUUUCCAGCUAGUAGUGAACAGGCUGUCAUGCCUCUUGUGACCCUCCAGUUAGGACAAUGUGGGAACCAGAUAGGAGGUCAGCUGUUUUCAACUAUAAUUGAAGAUGCAGACUGCAAACAUACAGGUGUAACCAAGAAAGAGAAUGACAACUACUUGGAGGCAGUCAACGAAAGGUUCUUCGUGGAAGACAAACAUGGAAAAUUGGAAGCAAGGGCUGUGAUGGUUGACAUGGAAACAAAAGCAAUUUCCAAGACAAGACUAGAUGCCAAGAAGAGUGGGAAAUGGCAUUACCCUGACAAGCAACAGUUCUGCCAAAAGAAAGGUUCAGGGAACAAUUGGGCUCACGGGUUUUGUGCACAUGGACCUAAAGCUCAUGACGAUAUCAUGGCUCUUGUGCAGUCAGAGGUCGAGAAAUGUGACCACUUUGAUGGUUUCCUGACUCUGAUGAGCUUAGCUGGAGGGACAGGUUCUGGUGUCGGUGCUUACAUCACACAGUGUCUCAGGGAUGAAUAUCCACAUUCUUUUAUCAUGAACCAAGUUGUAUGGCCGUACAACACAGGAGAGGUCAUUGUGCAGAAUUACAAUGCGUUGUUGACAUUGUCGCAGCUCUACCUCUACUCUGAUGCAUUGCUUAUCAUGGAGAAUGAUAAGAUUCAGAAAAUCUGUUCACAGUUGCUGAAUAUUAAACACAUUUCAUUCCAAGAUAUGAAUACAGUAAUUGCUCAUAAACUGGCUAGUUUUCUUCAACCCACAGUUAGAACAGAAGGCAGUCACACUAGGCAGAACAGACUAGGUGACAUGCUGGAACACCUAGUUGCCCACCCAGAUUACAAGUUGCUGAGCUUGCUCAAUAUCCCCCAGAUGUCAGAGGCAGCAUUGCAGUACAGCGCAUACCAGUGGCCCGGGCUUCUGAAACAUCUUAGACAGAUGCUCAUUGCAAAUGCACCCAUGGAAGAGG